AUGCUCGACGUGCACAGCGACAGCUCGGACGACGACCGGUCGCCGCCGCCGUCGCCCGCCGACGCCUCUCGCGACGAGCACGUCGUCCCGACUCGCCUCGGCAACUUCCGCCUCCUCGCCCAGCAUCAGCUCGACGUCCCGCCCUUCAUCAAGGUGGCCAAGUGGCAGAGCGAGGAGACCGGGCUCAAGGUCGUCUGGGCCGAUACGCCGGGACCUGUCGCAAGCUUCUGGGCCACCGUGUGCGCCGAGGUCUUCAGCUCGAACGGCACGCCGCACACGCUCGAGCACUUGACGUUCACGGCGAGCGAGCACUACCCAUACUCGGGCAUCCUCGACGGCCUUAGCAACCGCAUGCUGUCCGCCGGCUGCAACGCGUGGACCGCCGUCGACAACACGACGUUUACGGUGCAGUCGGCGUCCGAGGAGGGCAUGCUCGAGAUCGUUCCCGUCUUCCUCGACCACAUCCUGUUCCCGCUCAUCACGCCCGAGGUCUUCAAGACCGAGAUCUAUCACGUCGACGGCAAAGGCGAGGAGGGCGGCGUCGUCUUUUCCGAGAUGCAGGCGCGCGAGGGCAGCCUGGGCGACGUGCUCGACCAGACGCUUCGGCAGAUCCUGUACGGCAAGAAGAACGCGUACCGCUCCGAGACGGGCGGCAAGCUCGACGCGCUGCGCAAGCUCACCGAAGAGGACAUCGUCAAGUACCAUACGGCCAUGUACGAGCCGCAGAACGUGACGGUCGUGGUCACCGGGCAGGCCAUCCGGCCCGAGCAGCUCCUCCACACGCUCGAGACGACGAUCGAGCCCGCGCUCGUCAAGGCCGGGUUGGCCAACGGUCCGAGACCUCGCGGAUGGGUGCGGCCGUUUGUCGAGAGCAGCACGGCGAGGAACCCGCCUGUGCUCGACCAGAGCAUCGUCAAGCACGUCGACUUUGCCGACUCGGACGAGAGCGUCGGGACGAUCGAGCUCUCGUGGAUCGGCCACGGCGCGCACGAGUGGGUCGCCAACGCCGCCCUCGUCGCCAUUUGGGGCUACCUCGUCAACGGCGACAGCUCACCGGCCGCCAAGACGUUCGUCAACAUCCCCGACGCGUACUGCUCCGGCAUCGGCAUGAGCCCCGACCUUCGCGACCCGAGCAUCCUCACCGUCAUGCUCUCGAACGUGCCGGUCAAGCACCUCGAGACGCUGGCGCCGCGGUUCCUGUCGUUCGUCAAGAGCCAGUGUCGCCUUCCUUUCGACAUGAAGCGCAUGUCGUACCUGCUCAAGCAGCAGCGCCUGUCGCUCCUCGGCACGCUCGAGACCGACUCGUCGAGCUACGUCCAGGGCUCGGUCUUCCAGGACAUCCUGUACGGCGCCGACGACGGGUCGCAGCUCCCCGAUGUCUUCAACGACCUCGAGGUCGUCAAGAAGCUCCAGGCGUUCACCGAGGACGACUGGCUCCACAUUCUCGACAAGUGGAUCGUCGAGCGGCCGACCAUCACCAUCAUCGCGCACCCGUCCGCCAAGCUUGCGCAGGAGCAGGCCGCCGAGACCAAGGCCAUUGUCGCCGCCAACCGCGCUCGUCUCGGCAAGGCCGGCCUCGCACGUGCCGCCGCCGACCUCGAGUACGCCAAGAAGGUCAACGAGCAUCCUGCGCCGCACACGCUCGUCGAGUCGUACAAGGUCCCGAGCCUCGAGUCGAUCGGGUGGCUCAAGGUCGACACGGCGCGCAGCAACGGCGUCGCCCGAGGUCGCGAGACUUUUACUAGCCGCCUGCAGUCGCACAUCAACGCCGACGACGGCGAUGUCCCGUACUUCAUCCAGUUCGACCACUACCCGUCGUCGUUCGUCGAGGUCGCCGCGCUCCUGCACGGCCCACCGACCGACCUCUUCCCGCUCUUCCUCGACACGUUCUUCGCCAUGCCCAUCAUGCGCGAGGACGGCACUCGUCUUUCGUUCGACCAGGUCAACCGCGCCGUCGACGAGCUCGCCAUCGGCUUUGGCGCGCAGACGCUCGGCGAGGGCGUCCUCGUCAGCAUCCAGGUCGUCAAGGAGGACUACGAGAAGGCCAUCGCGUGGCUGUCGGACAUCGUGUACGGCACCCAGUUCGACGACAUCGAGCGGCUCGCGACUCUCGUCAACGCGGCGCUGCAGAACCUGCCUGGCGAGAAGGACGACGCGAUGGGCGUCGCUGCGGCCGGCGUCAAGGACCUGCUCGUCUCGGUCGGGAGCGUCUCGCACGUCCUCAACGUCGUCAAUCGCGCCAAGGCGUACCCGCAGCUCGCCAAGCGUCUCAAGGACGACCCCGAGGGCGUCAUCAAGGAUCUCCAGAAGCUGCAGAAGCAGUUCCUCGACCCGCGCGCCAUCCGGAUCAAGGUCGCCGGCGACAUCCUCUCGCUCAAGACGCCUUCCUCGUCAUGGCUCACGCACUUCGAGCAUGUGCUGCCGUUCCCUCCUCAACAGCUCGCCUACCUCCUCCACGAGCGCGACCUCCUCACCGACCUCGGCAAGAGCCCGUCUCGCAAGGCCGUCAUCUACACGAUCGCCUCGACCGAGUCGAACUACCUGUUCACGUACGCCAAGUCGCCCGACUGGAAACACGACGACCAUGCGGCCAUCUCGGUUGCCUGUGCAUGUCUGUCGACGACCAACGGGCUCCUCUGGAACGCGGUUCGCGGUCCCGGCCUGGCCUACGGCUGCUGGAUCAAGGCCGACAUGGACGACGGCAGGCUCGCGUUCAUCGUCUUCAAGUCGCCCGACGCACACGCCGCCUUCUCGGCGGGCUCGAAGCUCGUCGCCGACCUCGUCAGCGGCAAGGUGCGCAUCGCCAAGUCGGACAUCGCCUCGGCCAAGUCGAACCUCGCCUUCAACCUCGUCUCGUCGCUCGACUCGCCAGGCGCGGUCGCCGACUCGUCCUUCUGCGACACGGUGGUCCUGGGUCGACCUGCCAACUAUGCGGCGCUGGCGCUCAAGCGCGUCCAGGCCGUCACCGUCGCCGAUGUCGAGCGUGUCCUCAAGACGUGGAUGCUGCCGCUGUUUGACAGCAAGACGUCGGUCCUGGGUGCCGCGACGACGCCGGACAAGCGCAAGGAGCUCGUCGCCGCGUUCCGCCGGCUCUCGUACGAGGUCGACGACCGUCAAUUCUGA